AUGCUGAAAAACGCGCUUUUCGUCGCUUGUUUUCUAUGGCUAGCUUCGAACUAUGUUCAGGGCAAAUGGUAUGAUUAUGACUUCACCCGUGCGCUAAACAUCACGGAAGUUGAUGUACGUUUGUUGGGAUCCAGUUCGGACGUCGCCCUCACUUUCCGUCUCAGCAGCUACGAUGAAGGACAUAACAUCUCUGAACUGUCCCCCGGGCAGCGUAUCAAGUACCUCAUCGGUUUCCAGAAUCGAGGAAAUAUCGAACUCCGUGUGAAAUGGUCCGAUGUCUCGUUCAGCCCCCAAGAUAGCGAAACGUCAGCAAAAUGGAGUACAAUGUUCGGGUGCCGCCGAAGGAUGAGGUCACUGUUGGAGAUACGGGGCGACCGCCACUUCAUCUCUGAUGUCGUGAACGGGACUAUCUUUGUCGUUGGCGAUAACUAUGGCUCGUCCGCCCUGACGUACCUCCUCUACGUUGUGGGCAUCGGCAUGGCGGCUACCAUCUGUUUCCUUGUUCAACACUUUGUUAGAAAGCAAUCGAAUUCUGCACAAAACUCGGCACCCGUUUAUCGUGAAUCGCGCCCCAGAGUCCGUCAGGAGUAUGUCCCCCAAGCAGCUCUUCGACAAGGAGCUAACAAGCAGUCUGAGAAGAGUCCUCUGAGGCCAUUCGAGGAGGAGUUCCGUAUGAAGAGGAAGGAAGCAAACAAAUGCUUGUUGUUGAACCUUCAA